CUUCCCCUACUCAACCCCAUUUCCUUUUCCACUUUCUUUUAUUUAUAUUUAGAAACUAAAGGUUUCCUUUCUUGGUAUCUUGCCUAAAUAAAACUCAUACUCAAAAACUAGCUCUUGCCCACAAGCUCGGAUGGAGUUGGCUGUUGAGCUUGAAGAUGAUCAGUUUUUUGCAGACUUAAGCAGACAAAUCUCUCUUCUAAUCAUGGACGAUGAUGAUGAAUACCAAGUUUCAAGAUGUCCUUCGGUUUCUUUCCAGACAUUCUCCUGGGAAAAUUAUCCAAUAACACAAUCUCCAUAUGUCCAUGGGCAAAUCUGCAAAAGAGAAAGCAAAGGCACUGGAGUUUUCAUCCCAAAGGCAUCACAUCCCAUAAGGAAGAACAGGCAAGACAGAUACAGUUCAUUCAACAGAAAGACUAGCAGGCAACAUGAUAACACUACAAAAAUGACUUCUCAAGCAUGUUACAGUCGCUCCUUUUACCCAGGCAAAGGAUAAGGACAAACAUCAUCUUCAUCUUCAUCAAGUGUAACUUCAUAAAGGGAAGUCAUUACUAAUCCCCUUGUCAACAAGGAUCUUAAAAUUAAAUAUACAUAUAUAAAUAUAUGUAUAUAUAGAUUUAUCAUGAAUUAUGUGUAUGUACAUUAAGAAUACUUAUUCUGCUAGCUUCUAGUUAGUGAGUAUUGAAGAGGUUUUACCAAAGGGUCUGCCUCCAUAAAUCAUGGAAAUACGUGGUGAUCGUUAUGUGUGAUAUAGGAGUAAAAUUUGUACUUGUUCACAAUGUAAUUGAUUUUAUUUAUAUUUAUAAUUGAUGUUAGAGAA